AUGACAAGCAAACACCAACAUGAGAUCACAACUCCACGUGCCUUGCUCUGUGAAAGAGCCUGGAACUGGGACUGGGCCGAGAACAGCCACGUCAUCUUCCAUGAAAACGGGACGGGCGAGUUGACAUGCGCCAGCGGACUCACACUCUUCCUCGCCGUUGAAUUUGAGUGGAGGCCAGUGAAUAACACACUUGGCAAACCAGCAACUACCGGUCUUGCCAAUGCGGAUAAUCCUCUAACGCUAGGGCGCUGCAACAUCGAAAUGACACUCACCAAGCGCCUUAUUCCCAGCCUGGCAAACACCGAUACCAGUGACAACGUUUGGAAUGAGGCUCUACUGCGGGAGACCGCGUUCACGCCCAAGCGCUUAACCCUUACAUUCGAAAAGGGCAGUUUCGUCUCGGCUGCCGAUACUAAGUGGAGGAAGAAGAAGGACUUGUGGGAUGCACCAAGGUUUAAAUACCGGCUGACCAUUGAUCCGUCGCCUUACCCACCGCGAGAGGAGUGGCUGGGCCCGCUGGAUCAACUUGAAUUCUGGACCUGCACGCAAUUUUGCACCGAGAGAGAUGCGGAGUUUGUGCCGAAGAAGGAAAAGAAAACGGUAGGGACGAGAUUGAAGAGAUUUUUGGAAAGGGUGAAGGUUUGA